ACACCUCUGUACUUAUAACCACGCCUUACCGUUUGGACGUGGCGGAUUCGCUAGUACUCAGUCCAGCCAGCAGUCUGGUCAGUGUCUGUGUUCCACCUAGUCAGGAAAGUUUCUCUGUGACCAAAACUCGAAUCGACUAUGGCCGAUCUCGAAGCUGUUCUGGCUGAUGUCUCUUAUCUCAUGGCCAUGGAGCGCUCCAAGGCACCAGCCGCAAAGACCAUCAAGAAAGUAACUCUACCCGACGCGAGCAUUCACAAUGUGGUCCACCUGCACUUCCAACAAGAAGGAACCUAUCUUUUCGAGAAGAUCCACUCACAGAGGAUGGGUGCGUAUUACCUUCGAAAGUUUGUUGGUGAUAAAUGCAACAUCUACGAAUUUCUUAGAGCUAUACUGAUGUUCGAAGGAAUAGCUGCACAUGAACAACGAAAAAAACGGGCCAAAGAAAUCUACGACAAAUUUGUCUUUGCAGACAGAUUAGCCAUGUCAAGUACUAUGCCUGAAGAGAUAGCUCAAAUGUUGUCAGAUGCCUUGAAGGAGGGUGAGGCACCGAUAUCUGUCUUCUCAGCAGUCAAGCGUCACUUGUAUCAGCACCUCAAUGAGAAGUACAUGGAUGGCUUCUCAAAGAGGUUCGUACAUUUAUUUUGCUUGUGAUAUUCCUUGAGAGUAUCAACAAGGAAAAUAUCUGACCACUCUGCCCUAUCUACACCAGUUAUUCUAUCAUGGAUUCUUGGACCUCUCCUCCAGGCAAUAGUUCAAGUCUCUCCUUUUGUUAUCUGUUUUAUCUGGAGUAUUCAUGUUGUUUUAACUUGUGCCGAGGUUGUGUUGGCCAACCUACCCUCUCUUCCUUUCCCUCCGUCUCUUUUCACUCUUAGCCAAGAGUAUGUUCGCUUUUGUCAGUGGAAAUAUUUGGAACUGCUCACACCAGACCUGGUGAGUUGUGAGUGUCUCUAUUGUGUUUGGAUGGUUUUGUAUUUUGCUCUUCUCCCAUGGUUAUGUAACUAUACAACAUAAUACAUGUGUUAAUGUAAUUGUGUUGAAGUUGCAUGAUUAGUUUGUUAUGUCUUCCAGAUUUCAUUACAAGACUUCAGUAUCCACAGAAUCAUUGGUCGGGGAGGGUUUGGGGAGGUUUAUGGCUGUCGGAAAGAUGACUCUGGGAAAAUGCUGGCAAUGAAGCUACUGGACAAAAAGAGAAUCAAAGUCAAGAAAGGAGAGUACCUAGCUGUCAAUGAACGAAACAUGCUUGCAAAGGUUGACAGUCCAUUUGUGGUGAACCUCUACUAUGCCUUCCAGACUCCUGAAAAGCUGUGCUUCAUUCUUGAUCUGAUGAAUGGUGGGGAUUUGCACUAUCAUCUCACACAGCAUGGAGUGUUCAGUGAAAAUGAGGUGCGAUUCUACUCUGCAGAGUUGGUGCUUGGUCUGGAGCACAUACACCGACAAAACAUUGUGUACAGAGACCUAAAGCCAUCCAACAUCCUGUUAGAUGAACAGGGUCACAUCCGAAUCUCAGACCUUGGCCUGGCAUGUGAAUUCACAAAGCACCAACCGUCUUCUAGCGUUGGAACACAUGGCUACAUGGCUCCAGAGGUCAUAAAGAAGGGUGUCCAGUAUACAUUCACUGCUGAUUGGUUCUCUCUUGGAUGUGUACUCUACAAGCUUUUGAAGGGACACAGUCCAUUCCGAUCCUCCAAUGCCAAGUCUAAGGAGGAAAUAGACCACCAGACCCUGAAUAAGGAGGUACAGAUGUCUGCUUCCUUCUCUCCUGAGCUAAGUCAGCUUCUGACUGGGUUGCUACAGAAAGACCCUGGCCAGAGAUUUGGAUGCCGAGGAAGGGGUUCAGAGGAAGUAAAGGAGUGUACUUUCUUUGGAAAUACCAACUGGGAUGAUGUCCUGGCAAGAAAGCUGGAGCCGCCUCUUGAACCACCAAGGGGAGAGGUAAACGCAGCAGAUGCUUUUGACAUCGGCAGUUUUGACGAGGAUGACACAAAGAAAAUAAGGCUCAGUGAUACAGACCAGAGGAUAUACAAGAAUUUCAGUCUUGUAGUUCAAGACAGAUGGCAAGCAGAAAUGAUGGAAGGAAUAUUUGCCAAUGUGAAUAGUGAAAGAGACAGACUGGAAGAAAGAGAAAGACAGAAAUGUCAUCGAGCUGGAGUCGACUAUUACAACCCUGACCUGCAUCAUCGAGACAGCCUAAUUCAAGGAUAUGGCCAUAAGCUAGGAGGAAUGUCCUUGCUUCCCCAGUGGCAAAAGAGGUUCUUUGUGCUCUACCCCAACAGAUUGGAAUGGAGUGACAACAUCCUUUCCAUUGGCAAGGCAAACGUGCUAGCAUUCGACUCUUCUGUACUGGUUGAGGAGAAGGAGAACCGAGGACUGAACUGCAUUCGCGUACAACCUGUUGGCAGCAAGAAAGAAUACUGGUUACGCUUUGAGUCAGCCCUUGAGCACGAGAUAUGGCUAGAUUACUUGAAGCAAAGUGUGAUCAAGUCUGAGGCUCUGCUAACUGCAGGCCCAAAGAUGAUGAGAGAUGGUUCAUCCCUUUCAUCCCUGCAACACCCCCGCAGACAGCCACUACAUGUCGCCAAAAGUCUACCUUUAUCAGAUGGGAAAAGUACCUAAAAUUUGUCUAAUGAUUUUUGAACAUUAUUUUAACAUACGUACACUUCAGCCUUAUGUGACACAUUUUUUCAGCAAAAAUAUUUGUGCUCAUUUUUGUAUGCAUUUUUAUCGUGUAUAGUUUACAGUUAAUUCAUACGAAUGACAUAAUUUGGUUCAACUCCAUUCCACAAAGCAGAGAAUUAAACAUUAUUUAUGACUUGAGACGACGAUGACCAAGGGAGUAGUUGAACCUCAGAAACUUUUUUUGAACUCCAUUUUCACUUCUCAAACUUUCU